AGCUUGUUGACCUCUGGUCAUUAAUCACUAAAUUAACAAUUAAAGCUGCGUCUAAAAUGGGAUCGUCUAAUUCAUCUAAAAGGACAGCAACUCCCGCAACACGCCUAGCAGCGUCGGCCAUGUUGGUAUGUUUGUUUACAGUAAUCAGCUGAGAGGCAUUUCGCGUGGCGAAACCGUUCACUCAAACCGUUUUGGGCCUGUGCAAGGCGCACUGUGCGGAAAGGCUCAAGUGAACGCACGAUUAAUUACGUAUUGUUUUUUUCACGAUAUUUAUGUCAAACAAAGGCUCAAGUGAACGCAACGGACUGUUUUGUCGCCUCAAAUAUUCGUAAUAUUCCGACUAUACUGCAUCACAUCACAUAACAACUGAUACUGGGAGAAUGAGCAUUAUUCUGCCAAAGAUUAUUGGACGCUACAAGGUAGACAUGAAGCAGAGAUUUCUGCUCCUUCUGGCGACAUCGACGCUGUUGGCAUUGGUGUUUGUGGCUCACGUGGCCUUGAAGGAUUUAUCUAGCAGGCGUCCACAGCCUGUCCAAAAGAAUGUCGUAGAAUACCCAACGUUCGCGGAGAGCUGUUACGACUACGUGAAUUUCACCGCAGAGAAUGUUUGCUGCAAGAUGAAGAAAUACAUAGCAAGUGAUGUGCUUCAAUGUGUCAAGAGAUUCAACGGGAGAGGUUCGAACAGCAUCUACCAAGCAAACUCUACCGACUUGCCUGCAGUGACCCACAUUGCCCUGGUGGGAGACUCUCACAUGAGGAAUAUGUUUGUGUCCAUCGCCCAGUGUGCCGGGGGCAACAAGCUGCAGUACAGGAUAAAGUCUGAAAAGAACACGUGGCGCGAAGCAGAAAAGAUACUGCACAUGAUGCGGACGAAACGGCUGAAGAACACAGUAGAGAUGCGGCAUGUGAGCACCCCUUUCCGCGUCACGUGGUACAGGGACUGGAAGCUCGACGGUUUCCCCGAACUGAUUCAUCGCUGGGAGACGAACCAGGAGCUCAGGCCUUCGCUGGUCAUUACAGGAGGAGGACUACACUGGAUGAAGACCAACCCUCCUCGAACGGGCGCCCCCUUCAGGACCUUCCUCGUCUCCCUGGCGCCUUACCUGCGCCGCCUCGCAGCCGCCGUGCCCGUCUACUUCAAGCUGAUCGACUACGUGCCGAGGGCCUACACCCAAGUAAACAAGUAUCCAAACUUCAACCCGCGAGCCAUUAGCCUGUACAAUUCCAUAGCGAGGCAGAAGUUGCAGGCAACUGGCGUGGUCAUCUGGGACAGCACGUUAAGGUUGUCGGUUGCCUAUUCGGAAGAAUGCACCAGAUCCAACAGGGUCACGCCAGGCAGCCAUGACUGGAAUUGCGUGGACAACGGACAUAUAGGUUACAUCAUGCUAGAGCAGUAUACUGACAUGAUAUAUAAUGCCUUUUGCAACAGGUUUCUAAACUUGACUGACGAUUAUUGUGACACUUGACGCUGACAAUUUUUAUCGAGUAAAAAAUAAGAUGGACUGAUUUUGUUGUAUGAUAUACACUCAGUAUUCCCUUGGAAGUGUCAUUUUCUAUGUAGUAUGAGAGAGAGAGAGAGAGAGAGAGAGAGAGAGAGAGAGAGAGAGAGUCCAUGCAAUUGUUCCAAACGCACUGCCAGGUAGUGUAUGACUACAUACUGCAGAACACAAUGUGACUGAUCUUGCCCAGUUAAUAAUACAAUUGUAUUUGUAAACAAUAUUAUUUAAUUAAAAUGCUUCUAAUGUUUUCUGUUGGCAACAUUUGCCCUUUAUAUUUGUUUAUAAAUAAGUUUGUUAUUCCAGCGUAGCCUUC